AUGAUUAAAUGGCCAGUUCCUAAAUCUAUUAAAGCAUUGAGAGGGGUUUUGGGGUUCACUGGCUACUACAAAAAGUUUAUUCUAGAUUAUGGCAUCAUAGCUACUUUAUUAAAAGCUUUGUUGAAGAAUGAAGCUUUUAAAUGGAGCAAAGGCCGUUUGGCUUUUUCAAGCCAAGCUUUGAAGGGCAAGAAUCUGCAGUUAUCCACCUAUGGAAAGGAAUUUUUGGCUUUGGUCUUGGCAAUCAAAAAAUGGAGGCCUUAUUUAUUGGGUGGUUCAUUCAUUAUCAGAAAUGAUCAUCAUAGCUUGAAGUACUUGAUGGAACAGAAGGGAGUGGAAAACAAAGUGGCAGAUUCUUCGUCUAGAAAAGAUCAAGAUGAGAAUGUUCAUUAUGUGCUAGCCAUAUCUGUUCCAAAUGCUACUUGGCUAGGAGAGAUUAAAAGGGCAUAUGUUGAAGAUCAAGCGGUGCAACAGCAGUUUGUGAUUUUACAGCAGAACCCUACAACCAACUCAUCACUUUCUAUUGAAGGAGGAGUUUUUUUCAAGAAGGGUAGGUCGUAUAUUCCUAAUUGUGCUGACUUAAAAGUCAGGAUAUUGCAUUUUAUUCAUGCAAGCCCUGUUGCAGGUCACUCAGGCUUUCAUAAGUCACUGCAGAGAGCAAGGUCUGGCUUCUAUUGGCCUGGUAUGAAAACUGAGAUAAAGAAAUUCAUCAAGGAGUGUGAAUGGUCUGAGUGGUUGGCUUUUGCUGAGUGGUGGUACAAUACCACUUUCCAUACCUCUACUAAGCUCACUCCCUAUGAGGCAGUUAAUGGUGUACCACCUACUCCACUUCGAGAAUAUGUUCCAGGUGGAGAUUCGAAGUCGAAUCCUUCUGAGAAAAGGGGGAAUGAUGGGGGCCAACAUGGACCUAAUCUUAAAGAUCAUUUGUAA